UUAAACUGUAGUUUUGUGUUUUGACUUUUAUAAUAUUUAACAGACACGUGUAAAUGCAUUUACAUUUUAGAACUUGUACAACGAAACAUCGAUUUCUUCUGGACAUAAUUUUUUUUAUUUUCAUUUUGUUUUUCGUUCCGUUUUCAUUGCCAGUCUAAACAUACCAGUCCAGAAUGUCAGGGGCAGGCUCUAGUGGCACAGGUAGAGGCCGGGGUUCAACGUCAGUCCCAGAGACUAAGAGCGAGAGCAAGGAAGUCAAACCGAAUCCAAAAAUGUCCAAGGCACUUAGUACGUCUGCUAAAAGGAUACAAAAGGAACUGGCAGAGAUUACUCUAGACCCACCACCAAAUUGCAGUGCUGGACCUAAAGGUGAUAACCUGUAUGAGUGGGUGUCCACCAUUUUGGGACCACCAGGAUCUGUUUAUGAAGGAGGUGUUUUCUUCCUAGAUAUACACUUUUCACCGGAGUACCCAUUUAAACCACCCAAAGUGACGUUCCGCACGAGGAUAUAUCACUGUAACAUCAACAGUCAGGGGGUGAUAUGUCUGGACAUUCUCAAGGACAACUGGUCACCAGCCCUCACUAUCUCUAAGGUCCUGUUGUCCAUCUGCUCUCUGCUCACUGACUGCAAUCCAGGUUGGUAACUUUCAAAUUAAACUCUUGACC